AUGAGUACCAACGUCUCCGCUGUGAGCGAGUUCAUUCUCGUGGGCUUCUCCCAGCUGGCCGGCCUGCAGGGCCUGCUCUUCUCGCUCUUCCUCACCGUCUACCUGCUCACCGUGGCGGGCAACCUCCUCAUCGUGGCGCUGGUCUCGGCCGACGCCGCCCUGCAGUCCCCCAUGUACUUCUUCCUGCGCAUCCUCUCCGCCCUGGAGAUCGGCUACACCUCGGUCACGGUGCCCCUGCUGCUUCACCACCUCCUCACCGGCCGGCGCCACAUCCCCCGCUCUGGCUGCGCUCUCCAGAUGUUCUUCUUCCUUUUCUUUGGUGCCACCGAGUGCUGCCUCCUGGCGGCCAUGGCCUAUGACCGCUAUGCAGCCAUCUGCGAACCGCUUCGCUACCCCCUGCUGCUGAACCGCCGCGUGUGUCUGCAGCUAGCGGGGUCAGCGUGGGCCUGCGGAGCGAUGGUGGGGCUGGGCCACACAUCCUUCAUCUUCUCCUUGCCCUUCUGCGGCCCCAAUGCCAUCCCUCAUUUCUUCUGUGAGAUCCAGCCCGUCCUGCAGCUGGUGUGCGGAGACACGUCGCUCAAUGAAUUGCAGAUUAUCCUGGCGGCUGCCCUCAUCAUCCUCUGCCCCUUUGGGCUCAUCCUGAGCUCCUACGGGCGUAUCCUAGCUGCUAUUCUCCGGAUCCCAUCUGCUGCCGGCCGACGCAAGGCCUUCUCCACCUGCUCCUCCCACCUGAUCGUGGUCUCCCUCUUCUAUGGCACAGCCAUCUUUAUCUAUAUUCGCCCCAAGGCCAGCUAUGAUCCAGCCACUGAUCCUCUGCUGUCCCUCUUCUAUGCUGUGGUCACGCCCAUCCUCAAUCCUAUCAUCUAUAGCCUGAGAAACACUGAUGUCAAGGCUGCCCUAAAGAGAAUCAUCCAGAAAAUGGGGUCUGCAGAGAUUUGA